AUGAGCGCACCUACUGGUCGUUCUCAAUCGACUCCUCAGAACUCACAACAUCGUUAUGUCGAGCAAGGUUUCGAGGACUAUGGAUCGCAGUUAACAAGUUCCCCUGGGCCUGAUGUUGACGACACCAUAGCACGCAUGGGAAAUAUGAGAAUAAGCGACGAUCGUCAAAUGCUACACCCCUCUCGCUCAAAUUCAACGCCGGUAACAUCCUCCGGGUUAAGAACGCCGUUCACUCAGCAGAGAAGUACCUCUCCUCGUCCUCGUCCAAAUAAUCAAGAGCACAUGCCUCUCGCUUCACAAUAUCCGAGACAUCAGGACUCGCAAUACCCUCCUCAUCAAGAACAGAUGUCCCCCAUCUCACAAUAUUCACACCAAGAACAAAUUUCUCCCGUUUCACACUACUCACAACAAGAGCAGAUGCCUCUAAAUUCACAAUAUCCGCACCAGGAUCGAAUGCCUCCCAAUUCUCUUCAAGAGCAGAUGCCUCCUGAUUCUCAGUAUACACGCCAAGAUCGGAUGCCUUCUACCCCGCAAUAUUCGCACCAAGAGCAGGCGCCCCCCAAUUCGCAGUAUCCACAUCAAGAUCAGAUGCCUCCUACCUCGCAGUAUCCACAUCAAGAGCCGAUGCCCCCCAACUCACAAUAUUCACACCAGGAUCAAUUGCCUCCAAACUCGCAAUAUUCGCACCAGGAUCGAAUGCCUCCAAAUUCACAAUAUUCGCAUCAGGAUCAGAUGCCUCCCACCUCAAAAUAUUCAUCACACCAAGAGCAAUUGCCCCCAUCGCAAUAUCAACAACCUCAAGAGCGAUCAACCUCACCCUCUCCUCAUCCUCAAUAUACAUAUCAAGAGAAAACGCCUCAUCCAUCACAGCGUCCACAAUAUCACGACCAUGCACCUCCCUCACAAAAUCAGGAGCAUGUGUCUCCUACACAACCCCACCCGCAAUAUCCACAGCAUCAAGAGCAAACACCUUAUCCGCAACAAGAGUAUCAGGACUAUGGUUACCGCGAUGACUAUUAUAACUAUCCUCAAGGUCAAAAUUAUUAUGCUCCCGGACAAAAUUUUGACCCGGCUGUGGGGUACCCGGAGGAUGCUUUCGAUUAUCCCCCUCAACAGUAUGCUUAUGAUCAGGGAGGGUACGAUUAUCAACGAGAUGGAUACGGAUAUGAUCAUUAUCAACAGGAGUAUCCGACCGGCGAAGGAUAUUAUGGUGGUGAAAUGCAACCUCAGAAUUAUUAUUAUGAUCAACAAUACUACUAUGACCAAAAUUACGAUCCAAAUUACGGGCCGAAUUAUCCACCACAAGAUUAUCCCCAAGAUGAAUAUGGAGCCCCUAUGUAUUAUGAUCAGCAACCAAUGGGUCAACCGAUUCAACCAGGUCAAUCAAGCAGAAUGGACUCAAUUAAUGUGAGAGCGAAAUCAGAACCUGCGAAAGAGAAACCUUCCUACACUCCGGAAGCCAUAGAGAAAUAUCGAACGAAGGCUAAAGAUAGUGGAAAUCCUGCUACUUUGUUUUCCUUCGCAAAAUAUUUAAUUGAGGCUGCGGCGGAAACGGAGGGUAAUGAACCUGACCCGAAAAAUGCCAAAAAGAGAAAAGACGCAUUAUUACAGGAGGCGAUUAAGUUAAUCAAGCGACUGGCUCAGGGAAUAGGUUUCGGUCGACCAGCAUAUCCGGAAGCUCAAUUUUACCUCGCAAAUUGCUACAGCAAUGGUUCGUUGGGGUUGCCACUUGAUCCCGACAAAGCAUUCGGCCUAUACAUGCAAGCAUCGAAACAAAAUCAUGGCGCCGCUACGUAUCGUACUGCGGUAUGUUAUGAGGUUGGUGCAGGGACGAAACGAGAUCCACAUCGUGCCACGCAAUUCUUUAAAAAAGCUGCUGCAUUAGGCGACACAGCUGCCAUGUAUAAACUUGGCAUGAUCAUGUUGAAAGGACUUUUGGCACAACAACUGAAUACCCGUGAAGCCGUCAUAUGGCUUAAACGUGCGGCAGCCAAUGCCGAUGAGGAGAAUCCGCAUGCCUUGCAUCAAUUAGGUUUGCUACACGCUAAACCGGAAAAGGAACCACCGGAAAUUCCUUCACUAAUUAGAAACGAGAAGCAUGCUAUCGAAGAAUUUAAGCGGGCCGCCGAUUUAGGCUAUGCUCCUUCCUGCUAUAAAUUGGGCUGUUGCUAUGAAUAUGGUCAACUGGGAUGCCCCGUCGAUCCACGCCAGUCCAUCAAAUAUUAUUCAAAAGCCGCCGAAAAGGGUGACCCUGACGCGGAGUUGGCGUUGUCCGGUUGGUACCUGACGGGUUCGGAAGGCAUAUUGAAACAAUCUGAUGAUGAAGCUUAUUUGUGGGCACGAAAGGCAGCCGACAAAGGUUUUGCAAAGGCGGAGUAUGCCAUCGGUUACUAUUCCGAAGUUGGCAUUGGUGCGAAUCAAAAUCUUGAAGAAGCCAGAC